AUGGCGUCACGGUCGAGAAGCUCGACGAGCAUAUCGGAGGAUAAAUAUCAUUUCUCGGCGAUCAACGAACAUCCGGUGGAUGAUAUCUCGCUAGAAUUCUUUUAUCAACCCCAUACUAUCACUCUCUUGACUGCCAGCGUCCUUGCGUUUCUAUAUAUUGCGUUUACAAGGAGUGACACGACAUCUGAAGACAACAUCUGGGGUGGUCUAUGUUGUGUGGUUUUCUUCUUCCUCAUCGUCUCAGUGCUGGCUUUCCCAAAUGGUCCGUUUACUCGACCACAUCCUGCGAUAUGGCGAAUGGUCUUCGGUCUGAGUGUGCUGUAUUUUCUUUUGAUGGUGUUCAUAUUAUUCCAAAGUUUGAAAGAUGUGAGGAGGAUGAUAUACUGGUUGGAUCCGAGUCUUAAGGAUAUGGAUCUAGAAUUUGAAGGCCAUGCAUCAAAUUGUUCGGACUACUCCUGGGAGAAUAUCUGGGCAUGUUGUGACAUAUUCGUGUUCGGCCACUUCUGGGGCUGGGCGCUCAAAGCACUACUCAUACGCCAUUAUGGGAUCUGUUGGACGAUAAGCAUCACGUGGGAAGUGUCAGAGCUGGCGUUCAAACACCUGCUGCCUAACUUUGCCGAAUGUUGGUGGGAUGCGAUCAUCUUGGACGUGAUUCUGGCUAACGGCCUCGGCAUCUGGUUUGGGAUGUUCGUGUGUCAGAAGUUGGAGAUCCGGAGCUAUAACUGGGAAAGCAUCAAAGACAUCCACUCAACCACAGGAAAAAUCAAAAGAGCAGUUCUCCAAUUCACACCAGCUAGCUGGACAGCCAUGCGUUGGUUGGACCCAAACAGUACUUACAUGAGAAUCAUUGCCACAUCAAUAGUCGUAUUCAUAUUCCAGUUGGUAGAACUGAACUUUUUCUUCCUGAAGCGGAUCCUCGAAAUGCCCACUGGCCACCCCCUCUUAAUUGCCCGUAUCUUCAUCAUUGCCACGAUAUCUGCACCAAGCAUCAGACAAUACUAUGGCUAUGUGACCAAUACCCAGUGUAAGAGAGUCGGCACACAGAGCUGGGUCUUUUGUGCCAUAAUCUUCACCGAGGCUAUCGUCUGUGUGAAACUGGGAUCGGAGAUCUUUCAGAAGACAGAGAUUACGUACAUCAUGGCUUGGUUGACGUUCCAAGUGUUCCUAAGUCUAGUCUGCAUCUAUUUGUGUGCGUUAUUUGCCAAAAGAAGGGAACUAAAGGACGCGUUGUUGGAGAAGAUGCUCCUCGAAUCAAAAGAAGAAGAACAACGACGAGAAGUCCAGAGAAAUGGCGGCAUCAAGCGAUACACCAACGCGACCGUGAAAGCGGCGGCCAGCGUCCGAUCGCGGAAACAACAGCCCCGGAAUGCUGGAGAAAUAAACGGCCAUUUAUGAGAGAGGAAGUGCCAUUUGAAUGACUCUAUGAGAACCUGUCUGUUGCUUUCUUGAUGUAAUUUGGUCUGUCCUUAUUGUUAAAGUCAGAAGAUUUCACUUUACGACCGCUGGAUUAGAAUUCCGGUGCUCUCUGGUUUGGCAGUUUGGAAACCGUGUUGUCAUGAUGUAAAGUACCAAAUCUUUGCGACUCGUGAACAUUUCAAAUAUUCAAAAAAGGUAUUAUGGUAUGGUCGGCCUUGUUCACAGUUGUGGGAGUGGGGUUGACGGGUGGAGCUGCCUUUUUUUUCUGAAACCUUGGCGACGUGCCUCAAUUUUGGCCUUCAUUUCAUCUUCGUUCUUAAGGAGUUGGGUGAGACAACUAGUGCCAGCAGUUUGGUUUCAGUUGCAUGUUGAAAAUUCGACAAUCAGUUUGAGAUUAUAAUAUCUCUUGACCAUUCAUGAUGAUGUUUCAUGAUGAUGUUAAUUGGUAGUGUAAAAAUGCUGUUGAUACUUAAAAUAAGAGGGAGAACAUGUACGUACACAAUCUUUUCUUGAAGUGAAACAUUGUAACCAAGGUGUUUGAAUAGUUGUAAUAGUCGAGUCUCCUUUAAGUCUUAUGUAAAAUACAUACUUGACAUCCACUGCUUCUAGCACUCAACCAAUAACGAAUGAUUGCCAUGAUCCAGUUGUCAGAAGUCAACAAAAACCUGAUUAUUUGCGCAUAAGCUUCAUUCCCGGAUUCCAAACUUUGCCUCGAUAUGAUAUACCUCUUUGUUGUAGAAUGUAAUUGUGUGUCGUGUUGUGUGUUCGUUGAUAUUUUGACAAGAUAUAAAUACGCAAAUUUGUAAAUUUUUGUGGAAGUUUCAUGUGACUUUUGCGCUUCUUUUAAAAUUGUCAUCACUGUGUUCAAGCAUAGAUUGGUAGCUUUGUGUCAUGUGAUUUAAAAGGUAUUAGUAGUGUGUGCGAUCGGUGCAAGUAGCAUUGCUAUAACAUGUGUUCUGUAUCUGGUGCUUUUACAAACUUUUGAAUGACCUGUAGUGACCUUAUGCGUCCCGUACUUUGUCGGAGAAUUACAUGUAAGUAAGGUGGUACAAUCGUGGUUGGAAUGUACUAAAAUAUUUCAUUCAAUUUUUAUUUGUGGUCAUGUAUGUCAAACUACUGCUAAGGCCUAUAGGAAACCAGUGUUUGUCAAUAUGACUUGGAGGCACAAUGGGUACAACGCCCGCCUCUCAAGUGAAGUUGUAAGUGGUCCAAGUGAAGGGUGCGGGUUCGAAUCCCCAGCAAAACUAAAAUUAGUAAAAAGUCUGUUUUCUCUGAUAAAUAUUAUCUUCUGGUAAAUAAGGUUGGGGGGGGGGGAGAGACGAUUUAUAUGCUUUGUAUAUACAUUUGGAUGUACUGAAGCAUUGUGGGGGGGGGCUCGAUAUCAAAAUGGACUUCGCUAUGUUUUGCUUUUGUGCUAAAGUGAAGACCAUUGUGGCCUACUCAUUACUGGGUAUUGUGUGCAAUAAUAUGACAUGAAAUCUUGGAGUGUGUGGGAUGGCCAUUCUGUUCUUCUGAUCAGAAACACUUAGAAACAUUUAGAAAAGAGAGAAUGUUCAAGUGUUCACCUGGAGUGUGUCAGUUGGUAUUUUGGAUGAGUUUUGAAAAUUUCAACGAAGACAUCCACAUGACAUGUCAAAAUUGCUGCCUUCAGAAUUUUGUUUUUGAAGGUCUUAAUACUCGCCUUGUUUAUAAUAAUAGGCCUCUUUUGUUUUAUUUCUUGGUUUACUGUAGAGCCGACCUGAAAUUCUUGGCAGAAUUUUUUUGGGAAAUUUGAGAGAAAAAACUAGUUUUUUCUUUUAAUACUGGUGCAAGUGAUGGUGUUGUAGAAUCCUUCAAAAUUACACCUAUUUUCACCUAUUUCUAAAUUUUUUUCUCACAAACCUGAUCAACAUUUUCACGAAGUCUCCCCGUGAACCAACAAAUAUAAAACAUUUGGCCUUUGAGGGUGUGAGUUCUGUCUCUGCGGAGUUUGAGACAAACCUAAGGUUUUGUACUUUACAGAUACUAAGUCGCCGUUGUGUUGUUAUUUUUCUGUAUUAAUGAUCUAGUGAAGUGUUCUAUUUGUGUUAAAAUGAUCUUAGUCAAGGUUUGAAUAAAUGUG